ACAGUAAGGAUAAGGCUUGAAACGAUAACGCACCAAACGUCACACUUUAAUCACAACCGCAAGAACUAACACAGUUGUUAAAAUCGUAAUACUCACAAAUAUUGUGCACUGGUGACAGUUACUUUUUAUUGUUCAAGUUUGGUGUUGGUUUCAAAUUUACAAACAACAAUGAAGGCACCUCCCAUACGCUUCUGGAUCGCGGUGAUGAUUUUUUUUACCACUUUCACGAAUUACAUGCUCAGGGCGAACAUGUCGGUCAGCAUCAUCAAAAUGGUCGACAGGAAAGCCAGGAAUUUUACGCCCCCGUGCAAAGAAGGACAGGUGGAAGUAGUGGCAAACGAAGUGAAGUCAGAAGAUAUCAACGAAACACGCUACCAAUGGAACGAAAACGAAGUGGGCUUCAUCCUCACGGCCUACUUCUACGGCUACAUCGUCACAGUGAUGCCCGGAGGAAUCCUCUCCGAAAUGCUCGGUCCAUUCCACGUCAUACUCUGGACUAGCCUCGGUUCCGCAAUCCUCACAGCUUUCACCCCCCUGUGUGCCGAACUAGGGGUCUAUGGAGUAGUCGCCAACAGAUUUGUCGUGGGUUUGCUGGGAGGUGUUGCUUAUCCCGCCGUCAACGUACUCAUAGCAAAGUGGGCACCUCCCAAAGAAAAAGGCAAAUUCCUGGCAGCCAUGAUGGGUAACACUAUGGGAACGUUGGUGUCCUUCAAUAUGGUAGGAUGGGCUACGGCGCUGUGGGGUUGGGCUUGGGGGUUCUACGUCUUGGUGUUUGUAAUGCUUCUGUUUUGUGUGGCUUUUGCGGUACUGGUGAGGGAUACUCCAGAGAAGCAUCCCUGGAUUUCUAAACGGGAGAAGGCUUAUAUUAUAGUGUCACAGGAGGGGCACGUUUCAUCCAAAAAGAAAGUACCUCCCUAUAGGAAAAUUUUCACAAGUAUCCCCUUCUGGGUCGUCACUAUCGCCCAAUUCGGCAACCUGUGGGGUCUCAACCUCAUCCUCUCCUACGGCCCGAAAUACCUAGCCGAGACUUUAGGCUUCAACCUGAAAGCGUCUGCCGGCCUAGCCGCCCUUCCCUACAUCGCCAGACUAUUAGCCAGCCAGGUCUUCGGAAUCGUGGGCGACCACAUGAGGAAAAAAGGAACGAUGAGCUUAACCAAAAUCCGAAAGUUCUUCAUAAUCUUUUCACAUUUCGUACCGGCGGCUUGCAUGUUCCUGAUUAGAGCGGCUGGGUGCCACCAUGUCGGCGUGUUGGUACUACUGAUCCUUAAUCAGGCUUUCAAUGGCGCGGUGGUGGUCAGCCAACUGAUUAACCCGCAGGAUCUGGCGCCGAACUUUUCUGGAACGGUUUUCGGGAUGAUGAACUUUUUCGGGAUGAUGACGGGGAUCUUCGUGCCGACGAUCACGGGAGCUUUGAAUGAACACUAUGACAUGGGGUUGAUGGCGGCUACUAUUAUCUACAUGAUAGGAGGUAUCGUGCUCAGUAUUUGUGGGCUAGUAUUUUUCUUCUUUGGGACUGCUGAAGUGCAGCCUUGGAAUGAAAUUGAGGAGGAUGCGGAGAAGGAAGACGAUAUUGAGAAAGAGGAUAAUGAGAAGGCAGAGUAAUUUCUGAUCUGAUUGUUAUUGCUCUCGUUGCAGCUCAACAUGUAAAUUAGUAUGCAGUGUUUAAAAACUGUUCAGGGUUUUUAGUUUUAUUAGUUACUAUAUUAGUAAUUUCUCAGUUUUAUACAGUGCGCAAUCGUUGUCCCAGUGUACUUGAGCUUUAGUGGAAUCUACUAUAAAACUGUACGCACAAAAAAUUUAAAAAAUAAAAC